AUGAUUUCUCUUUUCUUUUCACUUGCUGCAUCAGUUUUUUUCAGUCCAGCUAAAUCAUCCAAGAAGACAGUUUCUAUCAAUGGAACCAAAUUCGAAUGUACUGUCUACUCAAACAAAACAAUUGUUAUCGGAAAUGGCCAAUUCGAGAAAUUAGAAAUCCCUAAAGGCAUGAAAGAACUGAUAGUUCCUGAAACUAUUAUGAUCGAAAAGAAAGCUUAUACUGUUAUCGGAGUUGCUGAUUAUGCUUUUUCAAAAACACCUUUUGAACUGAUCAGGUUAACACCAAAUAUCCAAUCUCUUGGCAAGCACUCAUUCGAAAAUUGCCCGAAUCUUCACACUGUUGAUAUAAAUCAAUCAAAAAUCCACGUUUUGCCAGCCUACUGCUUCAACUUGUGUCCAAAUCUUCAAGUCUUGAUUAUUGGAUCAGGACUUGUCUCAAUUGAAGACUACUGCUUCAACGGAACUGCUAUUAAUACAAUUUCCCUUUCAAUUAAGUUCUCAACCCUUAAAGAUUUCGCAUUCGCCAACACACAAGUCUCUACAGUCCAUAUGCAUCUUACAGGCAUGACAAAGUUCGGCAAAUCCGCAUUUGCCAACUGUUAUUACCUUAAAAAUGUAACUCUUCCAAAGAACCUUGUUGAAAUCCCCGAUUUCGCAUUUCUGAAUACCGGAAUCAAGGCUAUCGCUAUUCCUCAGUCAGUUAAGAUCAUUGGAGAGUCUGCAUUCCAAGGAUGCAAGAAUCUCAAGAGUAUCAGCUUCGAAGGAACCGAUGUUACAGAAUUUCCAAAGAACUUAUUCAACGGAUGCGUUUCCCUUGAGAAAAUUGUUCUUCCUGCCGGUUUAGAACAAAUUCAUGAUUAUGCACUUGCAAGAACAAAGAUUCAAGAAUUUGUUGCUCCAGCAUCACUCAAAGAGAUCGGCAAGAGCUUCCUUUACGCGAAUAACAAGAUCCAUACCGUUGAUUUAUCUGCUGUUGAAAUUGAUUCCAUUCCAGAUUACGCAUUCAGUGGCUGUACAUCACUUACAACAUUCAAGCCAUCCAAUGGCUUCUCAUCUGUUGGUGUUAUGUCAUUUGCUGGCUGUGCUUUCACUAGUUUCCCAUUCAAAUCAGUUACAACAGUUGCUAAUGCAUCAUUUGCCAACUGUUCUAGACUUACUGAUGCCGAUUUAUCGAAUUUGCACCGUCCAAUCAUUCCUCCACACAUCUUUUACGGCUGUUCCGUAUUAGAAGUCGUCAAAUUACCACAUGGUUCACUUGUUUUCGGCGACUUUGCAUUUGCAAAGACCGCAAUCAAGGCAUUGAACUUGAAUGAACACAUCGAAUCUAUUGGUAUUGGUGCAUUUUCAGGCUGCACAAGUUUGAUUAGCAUCAAUUUGAUAGAACUGCAAAUGAAAGAAUUGCCAGCAUAUUUGUUAUAUAAUGUUGGUGCAGUUUCUGUUUCAUUCCCAUCGCAUCCUGUCACAUUGGGAGAUUAUUUCUUCUCAAAGUCAAGUAUUCGCAAAAUUGUUUUGACAUCAUCAGUCACUUCAAUUGGCAAAUACACGUUUGCUAACUGUACAUUGUUAACAACUGUUGACAUGAGAGAAUCCAUGAUCAAAUCCAUUCCAGAAGGCGCAUUUAUUAACACAGGCAACCUCGAAAUUCAAUUCCCAAUAUCAUUAAUCAGUGUUGGACAAUUUGCUUUUGCUGAUUCAUCCAUUGUUUCUCUUUCCAUUCUAGAGAAAGUUUUUGAGAUCGGAAAUGCAGCAUUCCAGAACUGCAAGAACUUAGAGACAUUGGAUUUCUCUGAUUGUGCAAUCACAGAACUUCCAGAAAGACUUUGCGCAAACUGCAAUUCCCUCAAAGAUCUCGCUCUUCCUCCUCAUUUGAAGAGAAUUCACAAUUUCGCAUUCAAGAAAUGUGGAUUUCACACAUUGUUAAUUCCUGCUUCCCUCGAACAAGCAGAUACAGGAGCAUUCAUGUUAUGCUCUAAAUUAGAAUUAAUUGAUUUGUCUGCAACAGCAAUCACAUAUUUGUCUCAAUCACUGUUCUCAGGAUGCAACAGUUUACAAAAAGUUAUUUUGCCAGAAAAACUGACAAAUUCAGACAAAUCAGCAUUUGAGAACUGCGAUUCUAUUAAGGAGAUCCAUUUCUAUGGCGAGAGUUAUGAAGGAAAGCCAUUAGACUUGAAUGUCGAACAAGUUUUUGUUACUGAUAAAUACAAGUCGCAAACAUUUGCAGGAAUCAAAGUUUCUAAAUCUAAAUCGAAAGCAAGAAAAGUUUCUAAUGAACAGAAAGGAGGUAUCCAGCAAUCUUCUACUAUUGAAGAAGAAUCACAUACAACAAGGAACGCCGUAAUUUGCGUCGUUGUUGUUGUUUUGAUUUGUAUCUUCGCAUGGCACAAAUUCGAUCCAUACGACAUCAAUGGAUCCGAAGGCGUCGAAUUGGAAGGUGAAUUGCCAUUCUACAAGCGAUUCUUCCAGAAAAUUGGAUUUAGCUUAGAUCGAAUGGCAAGCAGAGCACCAACAUUCACAGGUGCUUAA